AUGCGCUUCCCUUUCAGAACAGACAAAAACCUCAAACUCAUCUCCAAGGCGGACCGGCCCCAACGCCUCCCCAAGGGAGCAAAAAUCAAGCCGGAGGAGCUCCGCCGCCUGCGCGAGAUGAUGCGCCAGCGAUAUGCGCUGGACCUUGAAAUCUGGAGCCUGCGCAAGGUGGGCAACCACAACAAGACCGUCGUCGAGGACAAGAUGCGGAGGGCCGACGCGCUGCUGGCCUGCAUCCGCGCCACCGUCUGCGCCAUGGACGACAGGGAGUACUUCAACCACGAGGACGAGUAUCAGAAGAUCAAGGAAAUCAAGGCCCGCGUCAUGGCCGGCGGGAAGAAGGAGUGGGUGCAGAAUCCUCCCUGGAAUGAAGACUGA